AUGACUAUCAUGCCCAGCAAUCCGGAGUACGAUGUUAUACAAAAUGGUUGGGAAAAGUUUAUUGAUCUGAAGAAAGCCAACCCAAAGCUGAAGCUUCUGAUGAGCAUUAAAAGUCUUUUUACAUCGGACUUUAUUCAACCGGCUGAACAGAGAAAGUCGUUCAUCGACACAAUUGUUGGAUUCGUAGAGGAGUAUAAGUUUGAUGGCGUUUCCAUUGUCUGGUUUGGUUACUGGGAUGAAGAAGAAGACAAAGGUACCAUAUACAAAUUUUUUGAGGAACUACGACGCAGUUUCGAAGCGGCUGGUCAUCCAGAAUGGGAAGCCAACAUUAUGAUGCAAAUUCGACGAGAAAACAUAGACUACGGACAAAUUUGUCGAGUUGCCGAUUCUAUUUCUUUGAUACCUGUUUACGAUAGCAACACUGAUCGAACUAACUUGCUUUCUCCGCUGAACAACAGCACAUUCAAUACUACGAAUGUACAAGAUGUUUCCAUCACACACUCUGUACAGAAAUGGUUGAAAAAUGGUUGCCCACCGAACAAGAUCAUUCUGGGUGUACCCUUUAUGGGCCGUACAUUUACGCUGGACGAUCCCGCCAAUAACGGACUGGAUGCUCCUUUCAGCGACCAUGGUAAACCGUGCCCUGUGACGAGCACCAAAGCAAUCUGCGCAUAUUUCGAACUGUGCAAGAAAUUCAACGAAACUGAGUGGACCUUCAAGUGGGACGAAAACGGCGCAGCUCCUUACGCAUUCCAGGAUGACCAAUGGGUCACUUAUGAAAAUGCAGCUUCGAUCGAGAAAAAGGCCGCUUUUGCUAGAACGAAAGGGUUGGGAGGAGUCUUCGGUUGGGAGCUCGAGUACGAUGACUAUCGAGGCAUCUGUGGUGAACAGUAUCCGUUAACCAAAGCAUUAUGGAAUGCAUUCCAUUCAAAAGCUAAUCCAUGA